UAACGGAGUGAAGCAUCUUGGCGACUCUAUCAUCUUUGGAAGCUGCUGUCAUCAUCUUCGUUUUGCAAGCGAAAACGCUUUGGUGGAGCAGGAAGAAGAGAGUCGGACCGUGUUGUUAACCUUUGGACCAGGAUGGCGAUAAACAGCGUGUAAAAACUCGCUGCCGAGACGCGCUUCAGAGCCAACGAGCAGCGGUUGCUAAGCAAGUCCAAGGUGUCUGAGAGUGUUGGGGAGUGUCGGAGGACUGACCGCUGCGAUAAGGCAGCCCCGCCAGCUGCACCGCCCUAUAUAUCACAACAGAGCAGCCUGCUCUGCUGCGCCGGACAGUGCGACUCCCCCACUCUGCUCUCUGGACACGCUUCAUACCGACGGAACAUGUGGCUGCCUCUAGUUGGAAUGACAGCCCUGCCACACCUGGGCGGCUUGUAUGGUGGUUACAUUACUCGUAAGGAGGUGAAGACCUGGUACCCAACUCUGCAGAAGCCAUCAUGGCGGCCACCAAAUGCAGCGUUCCCUGUGGUGUGGACUUGUCUCUACACGGGCAUGGGAUAUGGCUCCUACCUGGUGUGGAAAGAGCUGGGUGGUUUCUCUAAGGACGCCCUGGUCCCACUCGGACUGUACGGGGCCCAGCUGGCUCUGAACUGGGCCUGGACACCCAUCUUCUUCGGAGCACACAAACUUAAACUGGCCUUCAUGGAGAUCGUAGUUCUAACUGGGACCGUCGGAGCCACCAUGGUGUCUUGGUAUCCCAUCAGCCGCAGUGCCACGCUCCUCAUGGCACCAUACUUGGCCUGGCUGUGUCUGGCAACCUCACUCAACUACAGAAUAUGGAAGGACAACCCUGAGAAGGAGGAGUAGCAGACCACAGGGGGGGUGCUGAUGUAUGAUCCUACUGCUUACAUGUUUUUUUUUUUUUAUUGAGCUCCAGCAGGUGUGUGCCAAUUAUUUGUUACAGUUUUUUGCUUGGAAUUCAACUCGAGACUAAUAUCCAUCUCGCCAUGUACCGGAUGGAGCCCAGGACCCCAUUUGAGCACUUAUAACAAAACAAAUCAAGUGGCAACACAGCAUACAAACUAUAUCCGAUUAUAGAAAAUAAAGACUUUAUAUGGCCUUUUCAAAUCCAUGUGG